AUGAAGCGGGCACUCUUGGCCCCAUCGCAGGUCGCGGGCACCCGGCCAUUGCCGCUGAGAAGAUGCCGCGCGAGGCCUGCCGUCCACCACGGGCUCGGCGGCGGCGAUGCCAGGCCCUCUGGCAGCGGCACCCCGCGCGCCCGUGACGCGCCAGAGGAGGCCACCACGGCGCUGCUGCAGCGCGCGGCGCGG